AUGGCUGAAGUCGAGCACACCCCCAUCGACGAAUCCGUCGCAACCUCCGAGGCCGCGGACGACCAGACUCAUAACGUGACGGCCAGCGCGACGGUCGGUACGAGGCGUCAAGCCAAUGGCACCAUUGGCUCAGUCUACUCGGGAAACAAGAUCAGGCAUCUGAAGAAGGAGGAUGGCAUCCCUCUGUGGCGCAAAGACAUCCAAUACCAGUUCCUCAAACUCGUCUUCGAGGAUAAGACCCCGGUGUUCACGCGAUACCCCGAUGGCAAGAAGGACUGCGACUUUGCGGACAUCUACAUCGACGCCAUGGCGAGAAGCAGCAAGACUAGUAAGAUUCUGAAAGACAAGCUGCAGAAUGAUAAGCCGGCCGCUAUCAGUAUGGCUAUGGUUUGCCUGUUGGUCAAUUUUGGUCGCAUGAACACAACCCUCAACUUCUUCCCCGAAAUGCGUGCUCAGUUGCGAACCUACCACUCCAUCCCUUCCCUCCAAGCCCACCAAGACUCCAAUGCCUACAAACAGCUGCAGGAUGCCCCUCGCCUGAAGUCCAUCCUGAAGGGUGCGUCCGAGGAUGUCGACCAGCCAAAUACAUUGGAAAAGAUCAAGCGACAGGCGAUUCCUCGAACCAAUCCCGUGAAUCUCAUCUUCGUCUUAGCGCAAUAUGCACCCAAGGUGUCUGAGAUGCAUUUCUUCCCCCCUCGCGACUUCUUUGACUUGGUUAUGAGGUCUACAUUGAGCAGCGAGACUCGUGCAAAGGCCUUCUUGUGGCUUAUGUGGUGGUACUUGGAAAGUGACUUCACACACGAAUCUGCGAUCAACAAUCCCUUUGGAGCUGGUUUAGAUGGCGAAGGCACCGAUGGACUCCCUAUCAAGGUUCCUGCUUUUGAGAGCUUGACGGAGGAUCAGGCGAACCUGGAGAAUGUGGACACACCGGAAGAAUUGGAGUACGGUGAAGCCAAACGACUAGAACGCAAGCGUAUCCUGGAUGAGGACGAGCCACUCCCUCGUGUUCCGAAGCGCUCUAAGAAAGAUUACGGUCUCGACGACGAUUCCUUUGCCGGAGACUACUCUGGCCUAGGAGGUCGUGGCUCCGCUAUGUCCACACCUCUUCAUCCAUCUGCUAAGCGCAGCCUGGAUGACGACGAUGAUGACUUGACUCCUGGCUACUCACGACCCCGGAACAAGCAGGCCAAACGGGACUCUUCGCUCACUCGCGCCGUUGGUCAGCAGCGGCUGAUUUUGAAAACUCGAAUGGACCAUACUCCAGAUGCUUCACCGGCACCCCCAGGCUCUAACCACCCAGUGCUGAACCGCUUUAUUCCCGAGCCGUCUCUUUCUCAGACCUCCGGGCGUCGACCGCGACCUCUCACGCAGCAUCAGAUUGCCGUUGAACAAAACCGCCGACAGCGCAUUGAAUAUCUGCUCGCCAAGCGCAAAAGCAACGCCUAUCGUGUCUUGCGCCAUAAGCGGAACAAUGAAAUUCCUUGUGUCCGAUAUGGUCGUCUUCUGCAGGGAUUACCAGACGGAUAUGAUACCGAGGACGAGGAGAAAUCAUGGGGCAAGGGUGGCUUGCUUCCCAACCCUAGCGAAGAGGAUGACUUCGGCGAGUGCUCCAGUUUCUUCCUCUCCGUGGUUCGGAAGGCUUCGCGACGUCUAGACAGAUGGGACUACGAAGACGCCAACGGGCCCAAGAAGGACCGUCAAAAAGAGCGCGAGGAGCGUCAAAAGGCCAAGGCCGCAAUCGAGGCCGACGUACGAGCCAGCAGCAACCGUGCUCGCCCACGUGCUCCACGCGCUGCUGCGAAACGCAAGUCCACUGGCCCAACAUCAACCCCUGGUACGGCCAAGAAAACCGCAGGCUCUCGCGCCAAGGCUGGCCGCAGCCGUCUUGCUACUGGAGGUCCCGAAACACCGGCUGCAGGAACUCCCAAUUGGGACGCCGAGAAUGCCGCUGGUGACGAGGAUAUCGAAGGCGAGCUGGACGAACUGGACCGCGAGCUCCUGGGUGAGGUAUCCGGCGACGAAGAUGGCGCCCAGCGUGCUGGAGAUGGAGAGGGCGAUUCCUCCGACGAAUCUGGUGAUGACGAGGGUGACGUGGACGGCGAUGAGAACUCGUCCACCUACGAUGGCCCGAACGGCUAUGCACGACAUGAAAGCUCUUCGCCUGUUCCGGAGGGCCGGCGCGACGGCGGAGAUGACGUGACGGAGGAUUAG